AUGCCAGAUCCACGGCUUCUACUUAUUCCUCAAUUGUACCGAAUAUUUUUAACACCAAUUACAGCAAUUGGUAUUAUAGGAAACACAUUCAAUAUUAUAGUAUUAACAAGACGUGGAUUGUACAAUAAUCCAUGUUCUCGUUAUUUUAUUGCUCUUGCUAGUAACAACUUAUUCUUUUCGACUUUCUUCGUUACAUUCAAUCUAUUAUCAACUGGAUACUCCCUGGAUCCAACAGGCUAUUCUCGAAUAUUGUGCAAACUGAUCCUCUUUGUCCAACAAACAUCCAUGGUAGUUUCACCAUAUUUUAUUGUUUUAGCCGCAAUUGAUCGAUUUUUGGCCAGUUCCAUCAGUGCUCGACGACGGAAUCUGAGCAAUUUAACUGUUGCUCGAUGGGCAAUAUCAUUUAUUCUCAUUUUUUUCUCACUCUUCUUCAUUAGUUCUUUAGUAUUACUCGAACCCCAACCAGGACAAAUGGUACCAUGUCGAAUUUCAGCAGUAACACUCUAUGGUCGUAUCUACCCAAUUAUGCAAAUAGUUUUUCUUUCAGUCAUUCCUCCCAUUUUGAUGGUCAUCUUUGGUCUUUUAACAAUAUACAAUACAAAACAGGUUAAUACAGUUACAACAGGAGACUCACGAUUUCGUCGUACUCAAUAUGAACUUAUUCGAAUGCUCCUCGCACAAGUGAUUUGUUUUCUUAUAGUUUGCACACCACUUGGAGCCAUCUACAUAAUAGGUUUUCUGGCAAUCACAAUCUUAAGCCCAAUAGAUUAUUACUUGUGGUUUCGAAUGGCUCAAAUGCUAUAUAUGUUCUCAUAUGCUACAUCAGUCUUUUUAUACUUUCUUUCAGCAAGCUUGUACAGGAAGCAAUUAGUUUACAUCAUUAAAAAACUGCUUCGACUCAAUACAGGUGCCAUUUAUGGUUCGACGAAUGGUCAUUCAGUUCAACCUUGGACAAUAAAGCCCACGAAGCGUUCAAGAAUUGUGCCAUUUACUAUUGAGCAGACUAAAAAAGUAUAG